AUGCGUGUCCCUAGAACAUGGUUGCCAACGGGCGUGGCCCCUCGUAUACCGCUAAAUUUGGUCGCUUCAUCGCCUCGGGCUGCCUUAGUCGCUCGCCGUCUACUUUCUUCGACCGCUCCAGCCCGCGCUGAGCCCAUUCACCACCACGAUCCCCUCAUGAGUGACCUCGAGGCCAAGGUUCACCGCAAGAAGCACGAGCACCCCCACCUCUUCGAUGCAAAGGGCAAUGAGAUUGACCCUUACAAGGGCGGCCCCAGCGCUAUUGACAAGGCCGUCCAUCUGUUCUUCUUCACCGAAAUCAUUCGAGGCAUGUGGGUCGUCCUGGAACAAUUCUUCCGUGAACCGUACACCAUCAUGUACCCGUUCGAGAAAGGCCCGCUUUCUCCCCGAUUCCGUGGUGAGCAUGCGCUCAGGCGAUACCCCAGCGGCGAAGAGCGAUGCAUUGCUUGCAAGCUGUGCGAGGCCAUAUGCCCUGCUCAAGCUAUUACCAUUGAGAGUGAGGCUCGCAUGGACGGCUCUCGAAGAACUACCAAAUACGAUAUUGACAUGACGAAAUGUAUUUACUGUGGGUUCUGUCAGGAGGCAUGCCCCGUGGACGCGAUCGUCGAAACUCAAAACCAGGAAUUCGCUACCGAAACCCGAGAGGAACUUCUCUACAAUAAAGAGAAGCUUCUCGCCAAUGGGGAUCGUGCAGAGGCCGAGAUCGCUGCCAAUUUGUAUGCGGAUCAUGUCUACCGAUAA